AUGCAAGUAGACCAAACUUACACCUUCGUGCUAGAAUCGUGGGCCGCGACGCCCGAAGCACUAGCCAAAUCAAUUGGAGGUCUAGCGAUCCAAGGCUCCGGUGUCGGCUUCUUUGAACAUGUGGACAUAGAGGCACGGAUCGCAUCUGCAGCAAACUCAGCUGCCAACGCAGAUGUAGUCAUCGUAUUCACUGGGACAACUGCAGAGUUUGAAUCCGAAGGCUACGACCGAGACACACUAGACCUUACACGCGAACAAUACCAACUUGUCGCAGCAGUCAGCGCGGCAAAGCCAAAACGCGGUACCGUGGUGAUCAACUAUUCGGGUGCGCCGGUGAACAUGAUUCCCUUCGUGGCUCAUGACAGUGGCACUGAAGCAAUUCUUCAAGCAUGGUUUCCGGGUCAAGAAUAUGGCCGUUCCAUCGCGUCGCUGCUCACGGGUGAGAUCAACCCCUGUGGCCACCUCCCUAUGUCCUGGCCAAAGCGGAUUGAAGAUAAUCCUUCAUACGGAAAUUUCCCCGCCGUUGAUGAUGUUAUCCGCUACGAAGAGGGAACAUUUGUUGGAUAUCGACAUUACGACCUCCCCAACGCCCCAGAGCCUUUAUUCCCUUUUGGCUUCGGUCUAUCCUAUACGAACUUCGAAGUUCGUAGUACUAGCAUUGCUGCACCGGAGAUCUUAAGCGAUGUGGACGGUAAAAUCACCGUUUCUGGCCUCGUAGCCAACACGGGCGCUUGCGCUGGAAAGGUGGUUCUACAGUUCUACGUACAGUCUCCAACACCAGUCGGCUUUGUAUUACCGUCUGUUGGCAACAGACUGUCAGAAUCGAACUCGGCCCGUCCGAUCAAGGAACUCAAAGCGUUUGAGAAAGUUCUGUUGCAACCUGGCGAGAGUAGAAAUGUCUCUGUUGAGCUUGAUCGCUAUGCUGUUAGUUUCUAUAAUGAAACGGGCACUUGUUGGCAAGUACUAAGGGGCACGUAUAAAUUGCUCGUUGGAUUUUCUGCAGCGGAGAUUGUCGGUGAGGUGGAAUUCAGGGUUGAAGAUGACUUUACAUGGAAUGGGAUUUAG